AUGUCCUCACAAUCCCCAAGAUUUAAAAGACAGAGAUCUAAAACAGGAUGUAAAAACUGUCGUUUGAGGAAAAGAAAAUGCGAUGAACUUCACCCCACUUGCACAUUUUGUCAUACUAGAGACUUGAUUUGUGAAUAUAACGAAAUAAAAAUACUAAAUCCAACAUCAUUUAAACCAUCUAAAAGAAUCAAGAAAGUGCAAAAAAACCCACUGGUGUCAUGUUCUGAUUUAAUCCCACUAACCACAGAUUUACAUUUCCCGGAACCUAUAUUUUCUCCAAUACUAAAUACCAAUGCAUUAUCCCCCUUGAUACUUUAUUUGGACGAUCAAGGUAUAGAUUAUGUUAGACAAUUUGAACAAAUCGCCAGUACACUUUCUUUGAGUCAAUCUACAAAUUAUAUAAAAAGUACUUUCCUAACUUUAGCAUUUUCAAAUGAAGCUAUUCUGAAUUUGUUAGCAGCGUGGGGUGCACUGCAUUAUGGUGAUAGUGAUGAUGUUAACAAAUAUCUUAUGUUAGCAAAAGGUUCUAUUAAAAAUCCUCAUGACAGGUUUGACUAUUUCACAACUUUUGCAUGUUAUUUGAUUCAAAUGGCCAUCUAUAUAAAUACCGGGGACACUCAAAACUGGUUUCAAAUUUUCCGUAAAUGUGAAACGAUGAUACGAGAAUAUGGAGGGUUAAUCAAAUUCAUUACGGAUUUCCAAUAUUCCAAUGAUUGUAAAUUUCUAAUAUCAAAUUUCCAAUUUUACGAUGUGAUGUCUAGUGAAUCACUUGAACGAGGGACGACAUGUACCAUGGAUAAAUAUUUGAGUUUGUUCAAAGGAAGACGUAUACUUGAUGAAACUUAUGGUGUCGAUCCUUAUCAAGGCUGUUGUCAACCCAUAUAUUUAUUAUUAGGUGAAAUUAUGAACACAUAUGUCGAAUUGAAAAAAGAUAGACAUAAUAUUGUGAACUGUGAAAGUGUCAAUGUCAGAGUACAAUACUAUAAAAAGGUAAAUGAAAAGGUCGAUCAUUUAAUCCAAAGUAUAGACAAAUGUCAGCCGACACCAAUACCUGAUGGAGAUGGCUUACAGUUGAAGUUAUUUGAACUAUGUUGUAUCAUCGGCCGAAUGUACGUUUUAUUGUACAUCAAACAAACACAGCCAAAAUCAAGUGAAAUUCAACUUUUAUUAUUAGAUGCAAUAUCGAUUAUUGAUGAGUUGAUAUCUACGCAUUUGGCUAGUAAUCUAAGUAUGGCAUUGUUAAUGUGUGGUAUCACAUGUGGCAAUAAAUACGAUAGACAGAAUAUUAAUGGGAAGUUUAAAAUUGUAUAUGAUAAAUUUCGACAAGGAAAUUUAAAGAGAAUUUGGGAGAUUGUCAAAGAAUCUUGGGAAAGGAACCCUUUAGGGAACGUUUGUAUAGAUUGGUUAGAUAUUUGUCAUGAUUUCAAUUGGAAAAUAUCCAUGAUUUAA